AUGGCAAACAAUGGGCAAAAGGUUGUACUUAUUACUGGAUGCUCCUCUGGAAUUGGUUUAAAGAUUGCUAUACACCUUGCAAAUGAUGCCAAGAAACAAUAUUACGUUAUUGCUACCAUGAGAAAUUUAAACAAGAAAGGACAGCUAGAAGCAGCUGCUGGAGAUACGCUGAACAAGACAUUACAUAUCAGCCAGCUUGAUGUCUGCAGUGAUCAGUCUGUGACAGAUUGCCUCAAUAGUAUUCAAGAUAGAAGAGUUGACAUACUGGUGAACAACGCAGGUGUUGGAAAGAUUGGCCCAAUAGAAAGUCUCAGCAUCCAGGAAAUGAAGAGUGUAUUUGACACAAACUUUUUUGGAGCUGUUCGGAUGGUCAAGGCUGUGCUACCAGAUAUGAAGAGAAGAAAGAAUGGGCACAUUGUUAUGAUGAGCAGUGUGAUGGGACUUCAAGGUGUCAUAUUCAAUGAUGUCUAUGCUGCCUCUAAGUUUGCCAUGGAAGGAUUUUGUGAAAGUCUUGCAGUCCAACUUCUGAAGUUCAACAUAUAUGUUUCAAUGAUAGAACCUGGUCCAGUAAACACGGAAUUUGAAAUUAAACUCAUGGAAGAAGUGUUACACUCAGAAUUUCCAGGAGCGGAUUCAGAAACAGUCCAGUAUUUUAAAGAUACCUAUCUACCUGCUUCUCGUGAUAUCUUUAUGACAAUGGGACAGACUCCAGAUACAAUUUCUAAGGCAACCAUCAAAGUGAUAAAAAUGGAACAGCCAGUAUUUCGUUACCAAACCAACAUGCUCUAUACACCACUAACAGCAAUGAAGUACGCUGACGAUACCGGAAAUUUAUCUAUUCGGAUGUUUUACAACCUACUUUUUAAUCAUGGAACUCUCUUUAAAAUAAGUUUAAAUUUCCUCAGAAUUAUAACAUGCAACUGCUUCCGUAAUCGUGCUGUUUCACCAAACUGA